GGAUUGCUAAUUCAGAGGGCUACCACCUGCAAUGACGUCCUGGCUAGUGGCUAUACUCCGUUGAACUAGAUAUUAAUAUUGACUAGAUCCUGACCCCCCUGGGGGAAAACUCCCUUGCUCCACCGGCCCAUUCCAUUACUCAAUUGCAACCAUCACCCCAUCCCUUCAUUCUUCUUAAAAGCUGGGGUCGUCACUUUUUCCUCUCUCCUCUCUUGUGAUUGUUUUUUCUCCACCCUUCCUGUCUUCUGUAGUUUUACCCCAUAUCUUCACCGAAGGUACGCUGCCAUUGACGGAUACAACCAUCUGGAAAUGGCUUCGUCCUUCGUCACUCGAACCUCCAGUACCCUGGAGGCUUUCACCUCCCGUGCGCAGCCCAAGGUCACCGUUGACCUACAAGGCCAGACCGAGGGUCUGGUGAGCGCCUACACCACUGGCGACCGCAUUGAAGGCACGGCUACCGUGACCGUCGACCGUGAUGUCCGAUUCGACGAAGUGGAAAUCACCUUUGAAGGGACUUCUCGCACCUCCGUAGAGCGAGCAUCCAUCCCCGGCCGCACCGGCGCAUAUCAGACCUUCCUACGCCUGCGCCAACCAAUCGACGACACCGCAUAUCCCACUCCGCGAGUGCUCGAGCCCAACCGCCGCUACGAAUUCCCCUUCACCUUCGUCGUGCCCGAGCGUCUGCUGCCGCAUGCCUGCAGCCACCGCAAGACCAACCUGCACGUGGAAGCGUCGCACACGCUGCUGCCGCCCACGCUGGGCGACGCGAUGCUGGCCGCCGACGGCAAGACGCUGCUGGACGACAUCUCGCCGGACAUGUGCCGCAUCGCCUACUUAGUGCGGGUUACAGUGCUGCGCAAGAAACCGAGCGAUUCGGACAAUGCUACGCCCAAAAGCCUCGCUUCCGUCGGCAAGAAAGUCCGCAUCGUCCCCGCCGUCGAGGAGGAACCGCCGCUCAACGUUGCCGAUCACGAGCCCGUAUACUGCACUCGCAAGGAAAAGGACGUCAAGCGCGGCCUGCUGCGCGGGAAACUCGGCCGUUUGGUCGUGGCCGCCUCGCAGCCUCGACCUGUCCAGUUGCAUCCCGGCUCCAACGCCGCCGCAGACAACCACACCAGCAGCGACAGCCCCGUCAGCACUGCGGCGACGCUGCAUCUCCGCUUCGAUCCCAUCGGCACCGAACCGCCGCCUCGUCUAGGCACCGUGUGGAGCAAACUGCGCGUCUCGACCUACUUCAGCGCCGAGCCCUGGCCCGACUACCCGUCGCCCUCGUCGCCCGCGAUGUGGGCACAGAUGGGUCGUGGCGGUUACACUGAGUCGGUGCCUCUGUCGACGCUGUGCCUCGCCUCGUCGUCGGCCGGCUGGACGCGACACGAACCGCCCCGUUUGGACCGUUGCGACUCGCGCCAAUCCAGCACGUCGUCCGGCUCGGACGCCGAAUCCCUGACCGGUCCGUCUGCCUCGUUCGACGGCUCGGUCUAUUACACCGCGUCCGUGGUCGUGCCUGUCUCGCUGCCUGCUAAAAAGGCCUUCGUGCCCUCCUUCCACUCAUGUCUCAUCUCGCGCGUCUAUGCCCUCGACCUGAGCAUCUCGUAUCACACGCCUAAUGCGAAUAUUCUGACCCCUACCGCCUCGCUGCGCGUUCCGUUGCAGUUUACCUGUGCGAGACGCGUCCCGGUGCCUGGGAAGGAAGACGCUUGCGAGAUAUCCAUCGACGAGGUCAAUGCCGAGUUCUUCAACCCGCGCAGCGUGGCGCCCCCAGAGAUGCCUGUGUCUGCGCCGCCGGAGUACUCCGAGUUGCGUCCGUUCGUGGCUUCUCCGGAUCGGUCGCGCGAUCUGUUGACGAGCUCCACGGGGAGAGUGCGGACGGCUUGUUGAGCUGUCUAACUGUCUCUAUGUCAGUGUUGAAGGGAAGGAGGUCCAAAGAUAGAAACCAGAACAGGAAACGCGUCACGACUUUAAGGAACAAAAAGUAACUACGGUGCGAUUUGACUUGAUGAAUUUUCACAGGAGUUCGGAUACAGGUUUUGAUAUACCCUUGUUAGCAAGCCAUUUUGCAUAUUCAGAGUUAGAUUAGAUCAGUGAUAAUGUUAAUUAGUUGAUCGGUUAGAUAAUGC